AAGCAAGUUAAUAAUCAAAUGGCGUUCGGUCGGUCGUUCGCACGAAAGUUUGUCGCUCAGGUUUGUCGUAUCCUUGUUUAUUUAUUUGGUGAAAAUUUGUAAAUUACUAUCCUACAAAUUAUAAAGUAAUUGCCAUUUUUUUUUCCCUAAAUAUAUAGGUAUUUUUAAAAAAUACAUUUUAACUUGUAAUAUAUUCAAUGAUGAACCUGUGAUGAACAUUUUGGUGCAUAUGUGCAGGGAAUAAAGAAUUACUUCGAACUCAUAUGAAUAUUGUGUUUAAAAUUGUGCAGCCGGGAGAUAGUUUGCCAUCUUGUAGUUAAAAUAAUUCUUUGAAAUGGUCAGUGUUGUUAGAAAUUCUAACCUCAAUUUUUGUUCUUUGUGAAUACGUCGGAACUUUUUCUAUCGCCCAGUGCGAAAUCUACGUAAAAGUUUAACUUAUUUGUUAUAUAUGAUUCAACGCGAGUAUCAAAUGAACAACGGGUUUAGUACAGGAGAAGAAGAUUCCAGAGGUAAUUUGGAUCAAAUAUGCUGCCUUGUGGAUGACGGUGAAAGAUGUAGACGGUCUGCGGGUAACGCCGCAUAUAGCAAGCGCAUUCAGAAGACUGUCGCGCAGAGGAGGCUCAAACUGAACUUAGACCACCAGGCACGGCAUACCUAUAUCUGUGAUUACCAUAAAAAUAUGAUACAAUGUGCAAGGACUAAACAAAGGAGGCUCAAAGACUCUGAGGAUGAUAGCAAUGAGGCAGAAAUGGACUCACCUGAAAUAGACUGGUUCCAAUUACAAGUACCCACUUUGAGGAGGUACAAGAAGCAUUACAAGGUUCCAACGAGGCCUGGGUGGAACAAAGCUCAAUUAGCUGAAGCUAUUCAAAAACACUUCAAGUCAUUGCCGGUUAAUGAGAAAGAAAUCACUACAUACUUCAUUUACAUGGUAAAAACAAAUGGCAAUAAGUUGGACCAGAAAAAUGGAAUAAACUCAGAUUCCCUUUGAAUUUGUGUAUGUAACUGUUAUGGAAAGAAUAUGUAGUUUUAAAACUAGAAUUAGGUCCAUGACUCCUCAAUUUUCUCUAAAGUUUUCAAUCUAUGAUCUAGAUGUAUUAUAAAAGUUUAGAUUUAUGAAUUGGGAAUCAUUAUAUACUUUGAAGUAUAUUACUUCAUGCCAAAAUUGUGAAUGCUGCAGAAUGCAUGUACAUAGCAUUGAUCAAGUCUAUUAAUUUAUUGUAUGAUGUCGUGCUGUUGCCGUCUCCCCUGCGCCCUCUUCACCAGCCAUAUAUAAGAUCGCGCGCGCGCCCCGGAUCCCUUUCUCCUUUGGUCUACUCCGGCGCUCACCAGGUUACGUAGCUCGCUAUCCUCAGGCUUGCUAGAUCUCUUGUCUAUAUCUACACCCAUGCUCUCUUAAAAAUUGUUGAACAAGUCCAGUAAAGUUGACGUUUUCUAUGAAUUUUUAAAUUAUCUAUCAUCACCCUUACCUGUGACGUUUUACCUUAACGUGACAGUGGCGUCCGAUAAAAAAGGCAAGACACGAGGUCUGGUGAGUUUAAGCCCUGACUUACUGUUUAUUUUUUACCGUUAAAAAGGUCGUAAAGUGUUUUUUUAACCAGUGUUCGACAGUCACUUUUGUAUUGUUUGCGCGGUGUAUGUGGUACGGUACUAUGUGGAUAUACUUUUUUUAUUUUAAUAUAUAGGCUUUCUGUCGCACAAUAGCUGUUUUAAUUUAAUUUCUAAAGACAACUUUUGAACGGCUUUCGUACCUAGUUUUUGCAGAUUUUUUUCCUUCCUCCGCCGUUUAGUUUUUAUUAUGCCUUAUUGAAUAAAAUUUUCUUUAUUUAAUAAAGCCCAACUUAAGAUGAAAACUUAAUAUGAAAUUAAAUUUUGAACGGCUAUAUUUCUAAAGCACAACGGUGGAUGAAUGACGUAAAAAAAUUCAUAAACUUUCGUUCGAUUCUCCUUCUGAGGAUAUAUUAACGUCUGUCUAUUCUCCCGAAGACAACAUAGCCGCGGUUAAGCACUUUCUGUUGCGGGUUUAAUAACAAAAGUAGGUACUUACUCAAUGGUUAAACUUAUAUGCGUUCUUUCAUUCUCUCUGAAUAAAUUUAUGACAACUUAUAAUAUAUCCGAAACUUAAAUAUGUACUUUCUUUUGAUUUCGAAAUAUAUUUACAUGAUGCAUUGCGAAAGAUAGUGUUCCUGGUUGGGUCCGUGUCAGUUACGCCAAAGUGAACUAGAUAAAUAUGUAAUAUUCUGCACUGAAUUAUGGACAUAGUAUGUAUGUAUCAUUGAUUGCUUUCAAAAGUUUGUAUUACCGUAGCUGUAGGAUUUUAUUGGAUAAUAAAAUCUCAAAAAAACUUAGGUUUUAAAGUCAUUCUGUCGCCUAGGUGGCUUAGUUAUUUUAUCACCCUAGUUGUUAUAAGGCAAGACAAAUGCUAGUGUUGUAUGCCUAGCCUCAAAUGGUACAUUCAAAAACUUAAAUAUUUAAGCUGUGUAUUUUCUUAUUAAUUUUUCGUUAUUAUAUUUUGUUACUUUUCAAUAUUUUUCUUUGGUUCUGAAAACGUUUACUGUACUAAGUUACCGCUGGCGGAUAGUUGAACUUAUGAUUCCAUACGAAAAGUUCUUGAAAGUAUCAAUCAAUGCCAAGCAAAAUUCACGGAAGCACCACUGGUUUUUAUUCAUUUUGGUCCUUCUUUAUGUCAAAUUCGCAAUUUCUAAUUGUGAUUCUCAAUGUUUCUUUGUAAUUAGUUGCUUUGAAAUACAGAAGUGAAAAUAAUUUAUCUCUUACUUAAGCUUAGUUAGACCAAUUUUAUUUUGUUUAUUCUAUGUAGUGCUCAUUCAUAUUGUAGUAAAGAUUAUGAAUUUGAGAAUCCCAAGGAUUCAUUAUAAAUAUCCGGUUAGUGUCAAUCUUGCAUUGUUUCCAAAAUAAAUUAUUUAGUAAGCAAAACUUUAAUCUUGAAUAUUGUAUAAAAUGUUUAGUUUUCAACCUUAUUGUUUGUGUUUAAUAGUGAUCGAAUUUAACUGGAAAAAUAUUUCUUCAACUAAUACCGGAUGUAUUUCUGAUUUUAAUAGAGCCUUACUAUGUUAUCGAUAUGAUUGUUGAGAUGAGGGAAAUGCAAUGGCUAAAAUGUUCAGAAAGAUAACACGAGUUAAUUGUAAAGUGUAAAUUUAUUACAUUUUAUUUAAGAAA